GUUGUACCCCUUCAUGAUGGGAUGGAGUAUGGCACAUGAUUACCAGCACCAGGGUCGAUGCUUCGGCGGCUGUUGCUGGCCGUCGAAUGAGACUCCGGAUUCAUCUUCGGCCGACUUCCUGUACUCAGCGACGAUUGAAGUGGACAAGUCGCUUCCCCUUGGGAGAAGGCGGCGCAGUCACUCACGCGUUCGUCUCUGCUGCGUCUCCUUCCUGAUCCACCGGAAACUCCGAUUAACGCUGCGUCCAGCCCACCGCGUUUUUUGCGGUUAGCGUUUGUCCUUUCGUGCCCUCCAAGAAGUAUUAAUACCCGAACCCGCUCGCUCCUGAUGGUUGCGACCAAAGUAAAGUUCAGCUAAUGACCGGAAACAGGUUCGCAGCACUCGCCGAAGAUGACGAAUCUGUAUCUGCGGUAGCCGCCGCAGAUGCAGCACCUCCCCGCAGUCGGAAGCCUCGGCGGAGAAUCGCCUCGCCUCCCCGCAACGUACGAGAGCCACCAAUUUUCCCUGAAGAGGAGCCGUUCGACGAUGAUGCGGGACCUAGCCAGCACUAUAUGGUGUAUAGCAGCACAACGAUAGAUCCGAGCGUCACGAAGGGCAUGUACAUGGAGUGGCGCUGGCCCCGCCGCUGCGAGGAGAACCCGACGGACCUCACCAACCCGUAUUAUAUCGCCAUGAUCAAGUGCGGCUGGUCCGCGUGGUCCGCGGCGAAGAAGUUCACAAGGAAGCAGAGUUCGCUGGACCGGGCUCCCGAGUGGUGCUUCUCGCCACGUUUCGGUCGGAGUCGCACCGUCCUCGAUCGGCCGGUAGCAUCAGUGGGAGGCUACAUGCUAGAGGCCGGAACCAAGCUAUUCAUUGCCGGGGAGCACGAGGACUACUACGACGAUGACUUUUGCAUCUACAACGACGUCACCGUGGUCCGGCCCAACGGCGAGAUUCGCAUAUACGGCUACCCGACGGACGUGUUCCCGCCUACCGAUGGACACUCGGCCACUGUGGUUGGCGACAAGAUUUGGAUCAUCGGGUCCGUGGGUUAUAUGUGGACGCGCGGAAAGGAAGCGCAGGUCUGCAUCCUUGACCUCGCCACCAUGCGCAUGUCCCGGCACACUACAACUGGCGACGACCCGGGCUGGUUGGCGGGCCACGUCGUGACUCGGGUUUUCGAGGACGCGAUCGAGGUGGAAGUUGGACAGGAGCCGUGCCCUGGAACUACGGCCCGGUCGGGCAAAUGGACGCUGUAUACCACCGAUUUCAGAUUUCUGGAAGAAUCGUGGCGAGCUGUGCGUGUACGUGGGCGACUGCAUUCGGUCGCGUCGACGUCCUGGAAUGGUGGAAGAACAGUGGGCUGACUUGCAAAUGGGAGGCGGAUCCCCGUUGGCUCAAACGGACUUGUGCCAGCAACCCUAAUAAAGCCGCGGUGAAGAAGUGGUGGACCGAAAACCAACUGAACCUCGAGCUUCGUUUUGGAAGGUAGCAGGGCGAUAGACAGUGUUAGAUUUAGGCUUUAGGCUUUAAUUUACGAUGCAAGGAUAAUAGGCAUGUUCGUUCAUAUGUAUCCCUGAGCGGGAGCGCGUCUCAUGUAGAUGAUAGAUAGUAGAUCCAGCCGGAGAGGCUUUCAUCUGU